AUGCUUACAGAUAAAUGUUGCGAUAAUGAUGCAAAUACGCUUGUUAAUACAAAGAGACAAAUUUUCAGUUCAGAAAAUGAAUCUCAUAUUUAAUUAACAUAUAAGCAAAAUUCUUUGGUUGAAUAGGAUGACAAUUCUAGUUAAGAUAAGUAAGAAUUAAUAUUCAUUAAAAUAAAUUAGUCGAAAUAUGCAUUUUAUUGAAUUGGUUUAAUCUAGAAGCUCUAUAAUUCCUACAGUUAGAGUUAUUUCUCCAGAAGAUAAUGGUACAAUUUAACAUCAUAAAGAAAGUUUAUGUUUAAAUUCUAGUUUGAUUAUAUAAGAAAGGUAUUUGUUUUAUAUAAAUCAAGAGUUUAAAUUCUACUUGGAAGAAGGGAGGAUUAAAAAUAAUAAAAUAUGUUGCAAGAUUUAUAUAUUAAUUAAAAACAAAAGCUGAUAAAUUAAAAAUUAAGUUGAUGAAUUUAGAAAUAUUUGAGAAAUUAGGUGAUAAAGGUGGUGAUUUCAAAAAUUUUAAAAGAGGAAAAGACAAAGAGGAAAAAUAAAUUCUUUGUUUAAUAAUAAAUAAAAUUGUAACUUUUAUAGUUGCUCUUUGGAAUUUUGUCUGUCAAUAUUUAAAUCGAAUAGCAAUUAUAUAUCCAGAAAGCAGCUUUAAGAUUAUUUGGGAUUCAAUAGUGGUUUGUUUCAUAGUGAUUAAUAUUUUUUAUAUUCCUAUGAGUUUAAGCUUUGAAUUGGAUAAAUCAAGCUAAAUUUCAAUAUUAUUCUUUGAAACAAUACCAAGUUAUAUCUUUAUAAUAGAGAUAAUGUUAAAUUUUAAUACUGCAUAUUACAGUCAAGGUAUAAUACAUACAAAUCGUAGUGAGAUAUUCUUUCAUUACAUUUAAAAUAAUUUUUGUUGGGAUUUAUUGAUAACCAUUCCUUUUGUGUUAGCUUAAUUCGAUGUUCCAUAUAUACAAUUUAUUUUAUUAUUAAGAAUAGCAAGAGUGAGAUCAAUGAUUUAAAAUGUGUAAGAUUUAUUAAAUGCUAAGGAAGAGGUAUAGGCUGUGUUAGAAAUGAUAAAAUUAGUAUAUUUUUUAGUGUUAGUAGCACAUAUGUGUAGUUGUGGCUGGCAUUUAUUAGGACGUAUUGAAUAUGAAACUUAUAAUGAUGAAAAGAGUUGGCUUAUUUUUUAUGAUUAUUAUGAAAAAUAGUGGUAUGAUAGAUAUAUAGUAUCCUUAUACUGGAGUGUGAUAACAACUUUGACUGUAGGAUAUGGAGAUAUAGUACCUUAGACUUCAAUAGAAAGAUUAUUUGUAAUUAUUGUGGCAAUGGUUUUAUGUGGAGUUUUUGGUUAUAUCAUUUCAACAAUUGGUGAAAUUAUCAAAACAUUAGAAGAGAGGAAAGCUUUGUUAAAAAGGUCUAUGAAAAAGGUUAAUCAAUAUAUUAAACAAAAGUAAUUGAAUCUAUAAUUGUCUUUGAAGGUUAGAAAAUAUUUUGAAUUCAAACAUUAGAUUGAUGAAUAAUUAUAAGAAUAGGAUGAUUCUGUACUUAAUAAAUUAAGUGGACAGUUAAAGUCAGAGGUUUUGGUUGAUAUUUAUAAAAGGGUUUUGUUGAAAUCCACUUUUUUGAAGGAUAAUAUACCUGAUGAAUUAAUAAAUAAUUUAUGUUAGAAAACUAAAUAAGCAACUUAUGCCCCAGGAUAUGAUAUAGCAAAUGUUAAUGAUACAGCUACAAAAUUAAUUUUUAUUUUAGAAGGUUAAGUUAAUAGUUAUUUUGUAUCUAAAGGAUUGGAAGCACUCUAUAAAGGAGAUAAAGAUAAUCUCACUGGGAAACUAUAAAAAAUCUAUUAAAGAGGAGAAAUUAUUGGAGAGUUAGAAUUUAUAUUAAAUUCUCCUUAUUAAUUUUAUUUUAAAUCCACUUCAUUUUUAUCAAUUGCAUUUAUUGAUAGAAAUGAUUUUCUUUCUGUAAUACAAGAAAAUGAAAAAUGUAGAUAAGCAUUUCAUUAAUUAAGAGAAAAAUUAACAUACCAAAAAACUUAUGGUAAAACUUGUGAUAUUUGUAAAUGGACUCAUAAGUACUUGGAUUGUCCUUUUGUAUUUUUUUAAUCAAAUCUCUAUAAAAUAGCAAGAAAAGCUAAUCAAAAUUAUUAAUAAAAUAGAAUUAAGUUUGAGAGAUAAAGGGAAGUCAAAAAAAAACAUCUAGAUUCUUUUCGUAAUAAUAUUUUAUCUUCAGGAUUAGAUCUUAUUCUCAAUUAUGGAUUCUUAAAUGAAGAGUAAUAUUUUAUAAUUUUUAUUUAGUUAAAUAAAUGACCAAUAUUUAACAAAAUUAGGCUUCGGAAUAACAGAGGAUGAAAAAACUAAUAAAUCAUCAGAAAGUGAAUCAUCAGAAUCUUAAGAAAUUGACAAUAAUUCUUAAGACUAAAGAAAAAGAAUAUAAUCAUUCGAAAAAAUGAAAACAAUCUUCCUUGCUUCGAAAUUAAAAACAAGUUUUGGAUUGAAUUAAAAUCAUUCAAAGAAUUAGUACAAUGAUGAUUCAUAACCAUAAUAAAAUAGAAAAAGUGAUAGCAAAUAUUAACAAGAAUAAAUGGUAUAUGGAAUAAAUAAUUCACACAAUAUAACGUAAGGAAGCACUUAAAAAUAAAAUUAUUCUUAAAAUUAAAAUUAAAUUAAAUAAUCAAAUUAGUUAUUAAGAAUGGAGACUGUAGCAUAAUAGAGUGGAUCAUUUGGUUCAUAAUAACUUGAUAGUAAAUAAAAAAAUAAUAAUGGUAAUUAAGCAGAGAAUGAGGGUGAUGCAAAUUAUUUUUAAAAAGCUGGAUACAAUUAAUUAAUUGAGAUAGAUAAAAUGUAAGAUUAUGAAUUUUAUUUUCCAAUGUUCAAUGUAACAAGUGUGAUAGAAAUGUUAAGGAAAUAACGAUUAGGAAUUCUACUAAAGUAAAGUAAACGAUAAGGUUUAUAAGAAAAGCUUAGAUCAAAAAGAAUAAACAAAUCUUUUAAUAAAUUCAAUAAUCAAAGCUCGAAAAAUGUAGAAGAAAAAACAUGAGCU